AUGGCGACCCCUGCUUCUGGUCCGUCUUACCCUCCAGCCUCUUCCAACUCUGCGCCAAGAUGGGGAAGGUCUGGCGAGCCCGGGAGCGCAUUCAACGGCCUCAGUCGUGGUGGUCGUGGAAGAGGGCGCGGUGGAGGCCCUCGGGGUGGUCGGGGCGGCCGCAACAAUGCAUCCAAAGACUCAAAGCCAGAAGACAACCAGCGUCCCCUGAAGUCUGAUAAUUCGCCUCCCAGCCCAGUGCCUGCUACGAAACCUUCUCCUCAACCUGCCGCCGCUAUCUCUACGCCGAACAAUGAUAAACCUGCUCCAUCCACACCCCGAGUUAAACCCGCCUCUCGCAGAGCAUCCCGGGUCAUCCCUCCGACAAUUAAUACCCAAGUGCCUGUGGCAGAGGUCGCAUCAGCCCCUUCGUCCGCAAAGCCAAACAGCAAGCGACGGCGCUCUCAGGCAGGCAAGCCCAAUGCCAUUCCUCCCAAGAUCGCUCCCUCCGCUCCGAACGACAACCUUGCCCGUCCUAAUAAGCCCCGUUUCCCGGCCGUCCCCAACACCGCACCCGUAAAAGACACCCCUCCUCACCUAAAUAACAAGCAGUUCGACAUGCGUCACGACAUCGAUGCCCUCGUUGAACGCGUCCGAGCAGUAGCCAUGGAUAACAGACCGUCGACGCCUGGAAGUCACAUUGAUUGGGCUGGCGAUGACGAUGAUACUUUACCGGAUCUCAAUGACUGGGGUGUGCACCCAGCGACUCUUUCCACCAGCAAGUCGGAAGUCAUCUCCCCCAUCAUCGUUGAAGGUCUGAGACCUCUUCCGGACAUUGCGUCUACCUCCAUCACCUCCAGCCCCCUCCGAAAUGAAGUUUUGGCCCUACCACUCGUCCCUGAUGACACUAACCAAGAGCGAAAGAAGAAUUCUCCUCCUUUGCAUGAAACAACGUCUACGACGACGGCAAGCCCUCCUGCAGCUACAAAGGUUGUCUCGAAGCCAAUUGAUCAGACAAAACCUGUAAAGGAGACCCCGCCAGCCAGAAACGCGAAUCGGAGAAAACCUCUUCACCCAUCUCUGUCAGCGAAGCCAAUUAUCAACCCUCUCGCGGCGCAUCGGUCCGAAGCCAUACCUAUGCGCAAUGCCCCACCCGCAAAAUCGCUAAAUAAUGCUUCAACGGAGGCUUCUGCAGGGAAAGGAUCGACAGCCGCGAAUCCGGUGCCUGAACCCGAGCAGCAUAAGCCGCCAGUCAUUUUUCAUCAACGGCCGGAAGGCGAAGAGAAGAUCGAUGAGGCCUCCAAAGUCUCAACACCGUUAGUCAUAGUUGGCUCAAAGACCCCGGAAAUAUCCACGGCGCCACUAGAGGCUAUCAAGACGGCGAAGGAGUCGAAGGCGGAUUCUGACGACGAGCGUGAGGGCUUGGAGGCUUCUAUACACGCCCGAAAACCCAUAACCGAUUCUGCCUCCGCUCCAGCGAACCUCUCUACCUACUCCGACUCACAUUCAGGACCUCGCGACUCUCAGAUGGCCCACACCAGGGCCCACACCGUCGGCCGUCCCUUCCCCCGGUCAGCACGAGACCACAAUCCGCGGGCCUCGCGCUCUGGCCAUGCGACGCCUCAUAUUCACUCACCUCUUGUUCGACAUUAA